AUGUUAUGUCUGUUUUUAAUAACAACAAGAAUUUAUGCUGCGACAUCAUGUAGUAGUGGGCAGUACUUUUCUGGAUCAUCUUGUUCUAAUUGUCGAGCAGGAACUUAUUCUUUAGGUGGAACAACAACGUCCUGCACUUCUUGUCCUGCUGGAACUUAUUCAAGCACUGGUGCUUCGUCAUGUACAAAGUGUUAUUCUGGAUUUUUUGCGUCAAGCUCUGGAUCAACUUCAUGUUCACGAUGUUUUUCUGGUACUUAUAGUUCUAGUUAUGGGUCUACCUCUUGUUCAAAUUGUGCUGCGGGGACGUAUUCUGCUUCGGGAGCUUCUUCGUGUUUAACAUGUGAUGCGGGGUAUUAUUCUAGUAUCAGAGCUUCUUCGUGCAGCAUUUGUUUAGCUGGGACAUAUUCCAAUAAAGGAUCUUCAACAUGCACAAAAUGUGAUGCAGGGACUUACUCAUCGUUAUCAGGAGCUUCCACAUGCAUGAAAUGUCCAGCUGGAUAUUAUUCUUAUUUUUCAGGAUCAUCAGGUUGUACACCAUGUGCUGCUGGGACAUAUUCAAGUAUUAGUGGGUCUUCAUCUUGUAAUCCAUGUAAUGCUGGGUCUUACUCUAAUGAAGGAGCAAAAACGUGCACUGGGUGUCCUGGUGGAUUUUAUUCCGUAUAUUAUGGAAGUUCAAAAUGCACAGAAUGUGCUGCAGGAACACGCUCUGAAUACACAACGUCAUCAACAAAAUGUGUAAAGUGUCAAGAAGGUACAUACUCAAGUAGUAAAAGUGCUUAUUGUAAUGAUUGUUUGGCUGGGACUUAUGCAGACGAUAUUGAAAGCUCGGAGUGUAAAGUGUGUGGAGAUGGUUUUUAUUCUCUGGCUGGAUAUUCGAAGUGUAUUCAAUGUGUUUCAAUAAGUUGUGGAGUGUGUUCAAAAACAACUGGUGUGUGCACUUCAUGUAAUGUUGGCUAUUCGUACGAUUCGUCAAAUAAAAACUGUUCGAUAUGUCCUUCAUCGUAUUAUUCAAGUGGUGGAACUUCGUUGUGUUCAAAGUGUGCGACUGGGUAUUACUCACUCAGUGGUUCAAGUGGGUGUACAGCAUGUUCAACAAGUUGCAAAACGUGUGACCAAACAAAUGGAAACUGUUUAUCUUGCUAUGAUGGAUAUUUUACGAGUGGUAAAAUAUGUGACACGUGUUCGGCUGGAACGUACCAAAGUGGUGGAAGAUGUAUAACAUGUGCCGACAUGCAAUACUCAUUGACGGGAAGUACAACAUGCAAAAGUUGCAGUUCAACGUGUUUGAGUUGCGAUAAAACAAAUGGGUAUUGCACGUCGUGUGGGUUGGGUAUGGGAAUUACAACAACAACGUGUUCGGUUUGCAGUGCUGGUACAUAUAGCAGUGCAAAUAAAUGUAAGUAUUGUUCACUUGGGACAUAUUCAUCAUCACAAAAGAGUUUGAAAUGUGAUCCAUGUGCAGAUGGGACGUAUGCCAGCACAAUGGGAUCAACAAGUUGCAAAAAAUGUAAUGUUUUGUGUCAAGGACCAUGUGAGAAAACAAGUGGUAAAUGUGUUGCCUGUGUAAGUGGUGCUGUUCUAUCAAAUGGAGUGUGUUCAUUGUGCAAUUCAGGAACAAUGGAAAAUCAAACAACAAACAAAUGUGACACAUGCAAGGCGGGUACUUAUGCCGGUGAAGGCUCUUCUGAGUGCAAGAGUUGUGGAGAAAUGACAUACUCAAAUUCGGGCUCGUUGUCAUGUCAGCAAUGCGACACAAAAUGUGAUGGGUGUGAUGCGACUAAUGGGUAUUGUGUCAAUUGUGUUACUGGGUAUGGUCUUGCAGUUGGGAAGUGUGCCAUGUGUCCAACGGGGACAUACUACCUGAGUUCUGUGUGUCAAAGUUGUGGUGAGAUGGCAUACCAAGAUGUUGAGGGACAAACCACCUGCAAGUUGUGUGAUUCUUCGUGUGCAAGUUGCAAUGCAACAAAUGGAAAAUGUCUCACAUGUGCUGCUGGAUAUGGCUUUGACAGUGGAGUGUGUACGUUGUGUGGCGACCUCACAUACUCAGAAGGCGGUGUUUUACGGUGCCAGCAGUGUUCGACAGAGUGCAAAAAGUGUGACAGAAAAAGUGGUGCAUGCACAUCAUGCGAAGCUGGCAACAAAAGAGCUGAUAACAGUUGUGUGUCAUGUGCUCCAUCUGGAUACUGCGAUUUGUGCACAGACGAGACAUCAGAUGGUAUCUGUGUAUCAUGUGAAGAUGGAUUUUAUUUGAAUGAAAGUGCCGACUGUCAACCAUGUAGUGACAUUCAUAAAGACUGUCUGACGUGUUCACAAACAACAAAAACGUGUCUGUCGUGUGCGGGCAACAUGAUAUCGACUGGCACCAGUUGUGUUGCAUGUGAAGUUGGGAUGGUCAAAGUCACAGAAACGACGUGCGACUACUCGUACAAUGUUAUCCCAAAGUGUCAGAUUGCAGACUAUGUCAACAGUCAACACAUUUGCACCACAUGUUUUGCGCCAUACGUCACUUCAAGUGACUUGAAGGCAUGCAAUUUGGGAUACACCACUACAACAUACUUCAACACGAAUGAUCACCAAUCACACAUCAACAUGGAUGGGUGCAUCAACCAAAUUAAUACAACAUGUUACUUGUGUGAUACAAAAACGAUGUUGUUAAACGGUGUUUGUAAUGAAAAGAAUGAGAAGUGUGAGAAAUACUCGCAACACGGCUGCGACAAAUGCGUUUCAGAUGUGAUCACAUCGAAUGGCAACUGUGCGAACACCACAAAUUGUAAAUAUGAAAUCAACACAGAAAGUGUCACAAAGUGUUUGUAUUGUGUUGAUGAUGUGUCGUGUGGCAAAGCAAAGCAAAAUUGUGAAACAUCACACAACGAGUACUGCUACUUAGCAAUCAAUGGGUAUCACACAACAAACAACAACACUGUUGAACAGUGUGAAAGUGAAGUGUGUGUCAUUUCAAAUAAAAUUGUUACUGAUAUGAAAUGUAAAGAAAACAAAUUGUUGAUAGACGGCGCGUGUACAACUGAUACAACGUGUUUUCUAAUAUCAAGUAAUGAUUGUAUCAAAUGUGAUGCUAAACAUCACAUCUCACAAGGAAAAUGCUUAUCAAACAAUGCCAAUUGUGACAAUCAAAAUGGAGAUAUUUGCAUUGUGUGUAACAACUCCAUCAACGUUGGCGGCGUGUGCACAGAGACCCAGUCAAUUCAUUGCAGUUCAUUUGACAAAGUGUGUGUCAUAUGUGAGAGUGGUUAUUACAAAGACGUUGAUGGCUGUAAAAAGAAGACUGGCGCCUUGUCUAAUUGUGGUGUUGUCUCGUCACUCAACACCAAAUGUGUCGAAUGUGAGUCCGAUUACAACUUUGAUGGAAUUUCGUGUGUGCCACAAACACUUCCAAAUGAGACCACCAAACAAACAACUAAAUAUGAAGACACGCAGACAGACAGCCAUUGUGAAGUGAGCACCACAAAGGGGUGUCUGAGGUGUUUCAGUGGGUAUUACCUCGCAGACCGCACGUGUGUGAAGUGUGAGUACCCCUGUGUCUACUGUUCAAAUCAGACAUUCUGCACCAAGUGCGACGAUUACUCGUAUGCAAACAGCAACGGCGUUUGCACGGAAAUCAACGACCUUGUCAAUGUGUGUGACGUGUUGAUGUCAACAUAUCGCGGGUUUGUUGUCUGCAAGGAGGGAUACAUGCGGUCAUCUGAUGGGUCAACAUGCAUUGGCUGUGAUGAGUCUUGCAAGUCGUGCACAAACGAAGGAAACUGUGUUGUGUGCGAUGAGGCGUUUUAUCGCACCUUAUCAAAUGUCACCAAGUUGUGUUCGCCACAAAGCGAGUUGACUUCGUGUGCUAACAGAACAACAGCUGGUUGUAUGCAAUGUGAAGGUGGACACUAUCUCAAAAACAAUUUGUGUGUGAAGUGUCAAGUCAUGUGUACACAAUGCAAUGACAUUGAUGAGUGCACUGACUGUGUGAAAGAUAAUGUACUAGUGUCAGGUGUCUGUUCACACUACACAGCCAUUGAGAACUGUGUUGAGUCUGCCAACAACAAAUGUUCAAAAUGUGAUGAUAACUACAAGUUGAGUGACGACAUGUUGAGUUGUAUUCACACCACAAAUUACGGUGUUGUUGUUGGCGUUCCAAUUGUUUCCGUGUUCAUUAUAGUACUCAUUAUAAUCGGUAUUAUAAUAAUUACAAUAUUUGUUAUACAAAAGCGCAAGGAAACAAAGAAAAUGGAGAACAUCUGUGUCUUUAAGAUGAGUCGUUCAAACAUUGCAAUGAGUGUGUUAGACGGCAACAUUUUAACAAACAAAAAGUCGCUGCCAUUUAAUGACACGUGUGAAGUCAUUCCCGUUGAAAAAGAAUCUCGCGAACUACUCUGUGUUGGCAACAAAGGCAAAGGCAUUUUGAAAGUACAAAUGACAACACGUGGCGGCUGCGACAAAUACUCAAUUCGCACAGAACCACAAUUGGUGACUUUGAAGAAAGGCGAGGCGUGCGAAUUUGAAGUCUUUGUAACACCACACUGCUCACUGAAAUUACACGACGAGAUGAUGAUAGUCACAAUGAACAUCGAAAACAGUGAGACUGUGUCUGUCCCAAUUGCCAUUGAAAUCACAACAGAAAACUCGACAAAAUUGGAUUACGACGAGUUGAAAGAAGACAAGAAACUUGGUGAAGGAUCGUUUGGGAUAGUGUACAAAGGAACUUAUAGAGGAAAUGUCGUUGCAAUUAAAAAGUUGAAACAAUCAAAUGACACUGACAAACUUAUCACUGAAUUUGAAAAUGAGGUGAAUAUGUUGAAUAAGUUUAGAAGUGAGUAUAUUGUCCACUUUUAUGGAGCCGUGUUCAUACCAAAUAAGAUCUGUAUGGUCACUGAAUUUGCACAAUAUGGAAGUCUACAAGACUUGAUCAAACACAGAAAAAGUGAACAAAUUCCGCCAAUGAAAAUUCGAGUUAAAAUGAUGAUGGAUGGAGCAAAAGGUGUAUUGUAUUUACAUGAGAACGGGAUUCUACACAGAGACAUCAAAUCAGACAACUUCCUUGUGUUUUCACUUGACUUGAAUGAGAAGAUGAAUGCAAAAUUGACUGAUUUUGGAAGUGCAAGAAAUGUCAACAUGCUGAUGACUAACAUGACAUUCACAAAAGGUAUUGGAACUCCAGUGUAUAUGGCACCCGAGAUAUUAAACAAAGAGAAAUAUAAGAAGGCGGCCGAUGUCUAUUCGUUUGGAAUCACAAUGUAUGAAGUGUUUGGGUGGUCUGAGGCUUAUCAAAAUGACACAUUUAAAUUUCCAUGGAAAAUUGCCGAAUUUGUAAUUCACAACAAUCGACUGAAAAGAAAAGAUCCAAUAGAAGAAGAGCAGUACAACAUCAUCACACAAUGUUGGUGUCAGGACCCGAAAAGUCGUCCACAAAUGGAAAUUGUUGUGAACCAACUUGAAAAUCUAUUAUGA